UUGAAUGGCCAAUGCAGUGGUAGGUUCACCUCCCCCUCUACCCAGAGUCACUGCUGCGGCCGCCGCCAUUUUAGCGUUUUGUCAGAGGAGUCCGCGCCGCGAGGAAGAGUGCUUGCUGGUUUCCUUGUGCGGGCUGUUGUCAGGAUGGUGAAGCUGUUCAUCGGAAACCUGCCCCGGGAGGCCACAGAGCAGGAGAUCCGCUCCCUCUUUGAGCAGUAUGGGAAGGUGCUGGAAUGUGACAUCAUUAAGAACUACGGCUUUGUGCACAUAGAGGACAAGACGGCGGCCGAGGAUGCCAUCCGCAACCUGCACCACUACAAGCUGCACGGAGUGAACAUCAACGUGGAAGCCAGCAAGAAUAAGAGCAAGGCUUCCACCAAGUUACACGUGGGCAACAUCAGUCCCACUUGUACCAACCAGGAGCUUCGGGCCAAGUUUGAGGAGUAUGGUCCUGUCAUCGAAUGUGACAUCGUGAAGGAUUAUGCCUUCGUACACAUGGAGCGGGCGGAGGAUGCGGUCGAGGCCAUCAGGGGCCUUGACAACACAGAGUUUCAAGGCAAACGAAUGCACGUGCAGUUGUCCACCAGCCGGCUUAGGACUGCGCCCGGGAUGGGAGACCAGAGCGGCUGCUAUCGGUGCGGGAAAGAGGGGCACUGGUCCAAAGAGUGUCCAAUAGAUCGUUCGGGCCGCGUGGCAGACUUUACCGAGCAGUAUAAUGAGCAAUAUGGAGCAGUGCGUACGCCUUACACCAUGAGCUAUGGGGAUUCGUUGUAUUACAACAACGCGUACGGAGCGCUCGAUGCCUACUACAAGCGCUGCCGCGCCGCCCGGUCCUAUGAGGCAGUGGCGGCUGCAGCUGCCUCCGCGUAUGAUUACGCAGAGCAGACCUUGUCCCAGCUGCCACAAGUCCAGAACACAGCCAUGACCAGUCACCUCACCUCCACCUCUCUCAAUCCCUACGAUAGACACCUGUUGCCGACCUCAGGAGCUGCUGCUGCCACAGCUGCUGCUGCAGCAGCAGCUGCUGCUGCUGUUACUGCAGCUUCCUCUUCAUAUUACGGGCGGGAUCGGAGCCCCCUGCGUCGCGCUACAGCCCCAGUCCCCACUGUUGGAGAGGGCUACGGUUACGGGCAUGAGAGCGCGUUGUCCCAAGCUUCGGCAGCCGCGCGGAAUUCCCUGUACGACAUGGCCCGGUAUGAGCGGGAGCAGUAUGCGGAUCGGGCGCGGUACUCGGCCUUUUAAAGCUUGAGGUGGGAUGUGUGUGGGCUGAAAUUCCGAGCUGCGGUUGUGCAUGAGAAUACACCUUUCGUGGUACCCUGUCUCCGGGACGUUCUCAGCUCUGUGCGUUCAGUCCCUCAGGAACCGUGGACCUUAAUUGACCUUGCUAAGUUCAGACCUCCUCUGCCUUUCCUUUCCUCUCCUGCCCGUUUUCCUGUUCUUUAGUACUUCUGUAGCUUCCCGUUCAUGUUCUGUUCUCCCGCAGGCCUCACUGUGUGCAGAAACUGGUGGGGGCCAUGCUGUCUCCUCCCUGCCUCCUGCUGCCGGUGGGUGUUGGACUUGAGAAAUAAUCUUGGUGAGCAUGUCACUGUCUCUGGGUCUCUUUCUGGCCCAAAGGCUUGUGGCAGGUAGACUAUAGAGUUGGAUCACUUUUUUCUUUCCAGUAAAAUAAAUGGUUUUUCAACUUAGGGUA